AUGCAUGCUAUCCGCGCAUCCUCGAUUGGGCAGCUCCUACAUCAUCCUCGCCGUCUGCAAGCACUUCUCAUCACGGCACCAUGGCGAGCCACGUCUCAGCGGCAGUCGAUGCCGACGCUGCCUCUGACGCCGCACCUCGGCCUCACACACAAGCGGCAUUUCAAUGCUCAAGCACUCUAUCUACCGCCCCUCGUCUUUACCGGCCUAUUGGUCGUUCUGUGGACGCAAAAGUGUCUCGCAAUGAUCGUCUUCCAGAACAAGAUCAUUUACAUGCCAGGCCUGCCACCCAAUGCACGUAAGGAGCGCAUCGAAGACUACGCCAAGCAGUGUUGGGGUGUACAGUGGGAGGAGAGGAGGAUCCGCGCCGCCGACGGGACGGAUUUAGCCCUCUGCGUGGCCUCGGCGACAUCGACUGGUGAGAGGAAGACCACGUCGCUCGACGAUGCUAUAUCGGUCCCGUCCAUCUACAUCCUCUACUUUCAGGGAAACGCCUCGUCCAUUCCCCCACGCUUGCCCGACCUAUCAUGGGUCCUGCAAUCGUUGCAGCAGAGCAAACGGCCGGCGCGAUACACCUUUGUGUGUCUAAGCUACCGCGGGUACUGGACGUCGAGGGGUCGUCCCUCCGAGAAGGGUAUCAAUCUAGACGCGCAGGCGGCUCUGCAUUGGAUUGGGCGAAUGCACAGCGAGCACGAUGUCCAAGGGCACCACCCAACGCCGGAGGUCAUACUCUGGGGUCAGAGCAUCGGCGCUGGGGUCGCCACGAACCUCGCCGCGUGGGAGGCGUUCCCGCCCACGUUGCGGCUACGGUCGCUGAUCCUCGAGACACCUUUCACGUCCGUCAAGGACAUGCUGGCGACGCUGUACCCCCAGAAAUGGGUGCCAUACCGUCAUCUCUGGCCGUUUCUCCGGAAUCACCUGGACAGCUGGACGAACCUAGCCGCGAUCGCCGAGAACUGGUCCGGGUCGAGGAGCUGUGCGAGACCUCGCAUUACGAUCGUGGAAGCUGGCAGGGACGAGCUAGUGCCGGCCGAGCACGGCGCGAAGCUGGUCCGGCGCUGCGAAGAGGUCGGGCUCGAGGUAGAGAAGAAGACGGUGCAGGGCGCUUUCCACAACGAUGCCGUCAUCAGGCUAGAGGGACGCAGAGCCGUCGUCGCCUGCAUUGAGCAGGUCGCUGCUAAAAUCUGA